AUGGCUACUGCGCGUUCCUGGAAGCCUCUGAGUCUUUUUUACGUAGAAUAUCCUGAAGCUGAUGCUUUCGGAAAGCUACUGGCGUAUUCCAGUAUGGUGCCAAUAUUUAUAAUUUUCAGCAUCAUAACUCUUAUAAUGUCGAGAAGAGAUUUGCAUACGAUAUUUUAUUUUUGUGGUUGUCUGAUCAAUGAGUUGAGUAAUUAUUUUCUUAAAUACAUAAUUAAGCAGCCAAGGCCUUUCCCAACCAUUCACCUAGGUAUUAAGUCAUCAGGUAUGCCUUCAAACCACGCACAAUUCAUGGGCUUUUUCUGUGCUUACAUUGGAUUUUUCCUAUUCAUAAGACUCAAUCAGCGAUCCUUCAGUCGCCAGUUUACAACAUUUGUUUACUUAGUCUGUGCAUCAGUUACUGCAAUAGUUUGCUACAGCAGUUUUAGUUGGGAUCAUAAUAGGUGGAAUUCUCGGGAUGAUAUGGUUCCUAAUUGUUCAGUAUGCAAUAACACCAAUAUUUCCGCGGUUCACUAAUAGGUAGGUUUUAAUUUAAUACCAAUGUUUUCGAAAACAGUUACCCAGACCUAUUUUUUUGACAAACAGUGCACAGUCAUUCUCGAAGGGAUCAAAGGGUGAACGUUUGUACGCUUAGUCUUUAACAAACGUUUUGACUUAGCACAUCGUGUAGUAGUUUUGCAUUUUAACCUGUUGUUCAGUAACCCAAUACAAUCCUUGUGCUUAGAAUAUUCGAACAACCCUAAGACCACUACACAUUUCGUUGGUUAGUAUGUUUUGAAUGAG